GAAAACAGUUGUGCUCUGUUGCUCAAGAAGUGCUGUUCAAAUCGCACUUGGAUUUUGAAUUUGGUGGUUUUCAUGUUUUUUUUUUCGUUGUCAUAUAUUCUCUUUCGUCUAGUGUGUCGCGUCGUCGUCGUUUACCACGGACAGUUUUGGUGGAGUCGGUCCUGGAAUCCGCGGCAGCCGUUCGACAGAAAUGCGAAAUAUUAAUGCAUGAAAAAUCGAGCGUUCGGAAUUAGUGAUGCAAAAAGCAUAAAAUUAAAUGCAAAACGGGCUAGAAAGUGAGUGCAGUGCGGUGAAAAGGAGAAGUAAUCAGUCCUAGUGUGGCUGCACCGAAAGAGGAUGUUGUUUCGCCGCGUGAGCAAUAAUCAACCAAGGAAGAAGAAUCGGUAGCGCAAACAAAAUAAGUAACGAGAGAAGUGUACAGUAAAGUGUAGUGUAAAUAUUUUCGUUGAAUAUUUCCAUCCUACCAACAUAUCAAUUGAAUGCUAAUAAAGAGGGGUGCUUUGAUGUAUGCAAAUACGAACGUGUCUAUUUAUGCCCAUAUGGAAUGAAGUGAAUGAGAAUUUGAUUGAGAGUGAUCCGUUGACGUCACGCGCCCGCGACGGAGAUUGGAAUCUACUGGGUCGACGUAAUCGCAUGCGAGAGAGCCGCUACGAAACAACCCCCACAACAACAAUAAGAUCAUCAACCAUCCAUCGUGUCGACGCUCUGUGAGCAUUUGAGAUUGAUCAGAUCUCGUCAUUAGAUCCCCUCCUCCCUUCACCUACAGGGCUUGCCUGUUUUUGUUUGGCGCUUAAAGCUCGAAGACCGACACCCCACCUUCCGUUCCCGCUUCGUUACGGCUGCGCGUGAAGCAAACGGUUCGCGCUUAGUUCCCAUCGGCAACUUCACUGCGGCAGGUUCAACGGCUCCGGAUCUUGUGUUAUUUGGUUUGGGAAAGCAUAGCGAACUGAGAGGGGGUGUGCAUUUGGGGCUGGGAAUCCUCCUCAACGCGAAAACCGGUUAAGACGUUGCUGCGCUGACCUCUUCUCUUCACCAUCCACACCCGCGGCCACACUCACACGCAGCAGCCCCCCCCCCCCUCUUUGCUGUGCGUCCACGACUCGACUCGCUGAGAUCUGGGGAGGACUGCUCAUUCAAACGAAGGCGGCAACCGAGCAACAGUGAAUGGGUUAUUUGCGAAGCGGAUCUUGUACCUACGAUAAAUAUUAAUUUGCGACUGAAAAGAAGACACAGAAAGUUCCUAUUUUGACGAGAGAAUUGGAUUACUUGAAACGAGUAACGGCCAACGGCAACCUUCAGAAGAUGCUUAUCGCUACCAACUACAGCCAGAAGCAAUACCUGGACUCGCUGUGCGUGACCGAAGCAGAGGACUCCAGCUAUGACAGUGACUGCGAGGGUGAUGAUUUAUCCCAUCAGCAAGUGUCUCGCACAACCAGUGACACAUUGGGCCAGGAGUUUGCCGAGUAUGUCAGUCAAUCAGAGCAGCAGUUACAGCAAUACCAGGACCGAUCACCUGGAUACACACAACGCGUAGAAUUUGCAUUGAAAUUAGGUUACACUGAACGAUUGGUGCAAGCAGCCCUGCAGCGGCUAGGGCCCAAUCCCGCCCAGAAUGAGCUGCUUGCCGAGUUGAUUAAAUUAGGAUCCCAAUCCGGUACCAAAGGAACCGGAGAGUUUACCACGGACGGUGGUCUUGGCGAUCCACUGCUACUAGCACCAACGUCUGAAUAUGGCAGCCCGGGUUUGCUGCUGCACCAAGGCACCGGAAGCAGCUCAACGCUGGUCGGAGCUAGCGCCAGUGCCAGUGAAGAAUCUCUCCGUCCGAUAGUGAUAGACGGUAGCAAUGUGGCGAUGAGCCACGGCAAUAAGGAAGUGUUCUCGUGUCGAGGCAUCCGGCUGUGUGUGGAUUGGUUCAAAAAUCGAGGCCACCGGGACAUUACGGUGUUUGUGCCCAAGUGGCGCAAGGAAAGUACCCGGCCAGACAAUCCGGUCAAGGACGGAGAGAUCCUGAAUGAGCUCGAGAAGGAACGGAUGCUGGUAUUUACGCCCUCCAGGCUGGUCGGUGGCAAGCGUAUGGUGUGCUACGAUGACAGAUACAUUCUGAAGCUCGCUGCCGAGAACGACGGUAUCGUAGUGUCAAACGAUAACUAUCGUGAUCUAGUGCAGGAGAGUUCCGAGUUCAAGAAAGUGGUAGAAGAGCGGGUGCUCAUGUACUCGUUCGUGAAUGAUCGCUUCAUGCCCCCCGAUGACCCCCUGGGGCGCUCCGGACCAACGUUGGACAACUUUCUGCGUGUACAGCCUCGGAAGGGCGAUCCACCGCCCCCAUGCCCCUACGGGAAGAAAUGUACUUACGGCAACAAGUGUAAAUUUUAUCAUCCCGAGCGGGGCAGCAUGCCGCACAAAUCGGUGACUGAGCGACUGUCAGAAUACGCUGCCCGCCACUUGCAGGCCAGAAGCUGUGCUAGCGUAGGUGAAGCUGGUAGUGGUCCAACCGGUGGGAGAACCGUGAUUCAAGGCAAGUCUCUUAGCGUACCGUUGUCCAACAGUAGCAGUGAAACUAGUCCAAUCAAUGAUAAACGUAAGGCGCUGUGUCGCACAAGGUCCAAUGUACCUCCUGAAAGUAACAGUACGACCACCAGCAGUAAUAGUAACCUAUUCAGCAUGAAUCCGGGGGAUCAAUUACAACAGCAGCUACAUCAAUCACAGUCACAUCACGCGCCACAACAGCAUCCUUAUAUGACAGGCCCAAACCGUUCCAACUGGGACAUUUCGCCACUUCCGCUGCCGCACACAGUAGUCGAUUCGCAAAUAUUCCCCAAAUCUCAUAGCAUAGAAAAUAUCACUAAGGAGACAUACAAUCAGCAGCUCCACCAUUCGAAUAGUUACAGUGCAUCACUGUGGAAUCGGCAACAGCAGCAGCAACAACAGCAACAACAGACGCAACCAAUACAGCCGCAGCAACAAGUGGAUCCAUGUGAUCGCAGCAUGGACCCUAGCGUGAAUCUACACCGUAAACUGCAACGACAACUAACACUGAAUCCCGCAGGAUGCGACCCCCGAAUCUAUCAAAUGCAGCGAAAUGUCAGUCAGCACCAAUCACAGCACCAUUCGGCCGUGCAACUUUCGCCACACAGACCACUGGCGCCUUCAUUGAGCGGAGGUGCGCGGUCAAACCCAGCAGCAGCCCAAUGGGAUUUGCACGAGAAUGUCACACGCAUAGCUUCAGCUCCAGAUCCAUCCCGUCCGUGGCACACAGGUCCGCCACCAGCAUCAUCUUCGGAGCCUCACAUCAACUUGUGGCCACCCCAACAGCAAGUGGGGAAUCCGAGCAGCGCCACAUCCGGUGUAAUAGGACCCCCAUCGCAAGCCCAUCAGCAACUGCAGGAUCAACGACGCCGACUGCACUAUCACCUGGCCAGUAUCUUCCCCGAGGAGCAAGUCCAGGCAGUGAUGCAGAUGUAUCCCGAUGAAACCAAUCCCCAGAAAAUAUGCGCCGCCAUAUUGGCCAUGUUUCCAAAAAUGUGAGCGUCAGAGCCCUUGAAAGCAAAUUGUUGAAUGGUUCGAUUAUCUCUCAAUUCCAUCGAGAGAGAGGACUAUUUGUUGAACGAUCUGUUCGUAGCGCGAAUCAAACGAUACGGUAGUGUUCCCCGUGUCUUCUUUCAAAGUACCGAAAGUAUAUCCUCCCGAAGGAUACGAAAAUGUCAGUUUUUUUUUGUAUAUUUAGGAUGAAAUACUCAGCCAGUGUUAUUAGAGCGAGAGAAAUCUAAACUUUAAAAAAUACUUUGUAGGUGCCAAACAUCUAUUCCCCUUUUUAUCAAAAAAAAGUGUAGGAACAGAUAACUGAUUAAGAAACAACAGCGUUCAAAUUAUCGCUUCCAGCCGUUGAGAGAAUUCCAAUUUUAUAUGAAUGUUAAUGCUAUUUAAAGUGAAACAAAAUCGUACCCCAUAAGAGCCAGAAAUUCUAAUCUCAUCACUAACUCUUAAGCACGAUUUCUCUUCACCGUAGCUUUUUUAUUUUGUUUUUUUUUAUAUUUAGCAUCUAUUAUUAUUAUCAUUAAUUCUUAACGCAUAUAGAAGCACUGUUACGGUCUAUUUAAAGGUUACUUGUUAGUUCUAUAUUUUCUGUUGACUGUUUCAACUAACAGAAAUCAACCCAAACAACACAGUCCGAAACAUCUUUACACUCUCGUUUCAUUCGGUACCACUUUCGUGGCUUUGAAUCUUUGUACACCUCAUGGUAUUAAUUGUUCUUCCCAAUUCGCCAGUCCUUAUUUACAGAACUGAGGGUAUUCAGCUAGCCUAAUUAGAAAGCAAAGAAACAAAACGUAGCAAUGAGAAAGCAACAUUUCUUGCGGGAGAAUGGAAGCCUAGUAAAAAAAAGUAGUAGCAGCGCCUUGUGAGGGCAAUAAACUAAGCGAGAGACCCAAAAUUCCGUGUAACUUCAUAUUGAAGCACUUUUGUUGUGUGAACGACUAACACUGUACACACACACACACACACUGACUAGUGAAAAGCGUGCGUUGUUGUUUUUUGGUUUUGAAUCCGGUAGUGUUUAUCCAUCAGUAUUGUUGUUGUUCUUUACUCCAAUUACCUUUCGCAAAGUUAGGUCACGUUAAGGUGAUAAACCUUUUUUUUUCCUAGAAAAUUUGAAAACAAUAAAACGAAUCAAUAAACGUUGUGCGAACGCUCCAGAUGAUAAGUAACGAACGGAAAGCUGCAUAAUAUCAUGAGAUUCGAAAUAACGUCUUUCGUUGACAACAACAAUCAUUGCAGCAAUUAAUUGAACCCGACAAACGAUGCAUUUGAACUGUUUACUAUUGGUUCAAAAUGAAUCACCAGAGAACAAGCAUAAUCGAAGGAAACACAUUGUGUGAAAUUAUCAUCAUGGAAGCGACUAGAGGAGCGAAACGAUCUACAUGCUAUGCAUAAAAAACGUAAAAUGUAUAAAAUUUGAAACAUUAAGUAUGGGACGGAGAGAAAAGAUGAGGUUAAAAAUAUACAAGGUACAU